GCGGCGGCGCCGGCGCCCUCGCUCUCUCCGCCACUUCCUCCGAGGCCCUCGGCUAAGUCGGUCUGGCGGGGCUUGUGGGCUGGAGGAGCCUGGAGGGAGAGAGCCAGCCAAGCUCGAAGGGCGGGCGCUUGUUCGCCUGCCAGCUCCGCUUUGCAAGCAUGCGGCGUCGGCGUCCCUGGUGCUUUGACAGGAGGAGAGGCUUCGCCUUGCUGCCUCCGCCGCCGAGUCCACGCCUGCUCCCUUCCCCCUGAGGAGGAGAGGGAGAGGGAAAACGCCGUCGCGCGAGGUGGUGGCCACGCCGCAGGGAUUUGCGCCCCGAAGUUGACCAAAGCCUCUCUCCCCCCCCCCUUAAAGGUGCAAGAGGAAAAUGGCUUAUGCCAAGUCCACAGGACUCUCGUGGGAGAUCACCUGGUUCACAGUGACCGCCAUCUGUGCCCAUCUACAGACGAGAGCAGAACAGUCCCAAGGUGCAUACUUCUUGCCUGAGUUUGCAUUAUCACCACAAGGAAGCUUCUUGGAAGACACCACAGGAGAACAGUUCCUCACCUACCGCUACGACGAUCAGACCUCAAGAAUUUCCCAGUCUGACGAAGACAGAGAAGGCGGCUGGGACGCCUGGGGUGCUUGGAGUGAUUGUUCGCGUACUUGCGGAGGAGGAGCAUCCUAUUCUCUGAGGAGAUGCUUAAAUGGCAGGAACUGUGAAGGCAGGAAUAUUCGAUAUAAAACGUGCAGCAAUAAUGACUGCCCUUCAGAUGCUGGUGAUUUUCGAGCUCAGCAGUGUUCAGCCUACAAUGACGUCAAGUACCAAGGACAGUUUUAUGAAUGGAUCCCAGUCUAUGAUGAUUCUGGUUCUCCAUGUGCCCUCAAGUGCCAAGCUUUGGGGAAACCCUUGGUGGUGGAGCUUGCCCCCAAAGUUCUGGAUGGUACUCGUUGCAAUGCCAAAUCUCUGGAUAUGUGCAUCAGUGGCAUAUGCCAGGCGGUUGGCUGUGAUCGGCAACUCGGGAGUAACGCCAAAGAGGACAACUGUGGGGUCUGUGCAGGAGAUGGCUCGACGUGCAGGCUGGUGAGGGGGCAAACUAAGAUACACCUUUCGCCAGAGAAAAGGGAGGAAACCGUGAUUGCUGUGCCACAUGGGAGCCACAGUGCAAGAAUUACUGUGAAAGGACCAGCACACCUUGUGAUUGAAUCAAAGACGCUGCAGGGAGACAGCGGAGAGCACAGCUUUGGUGCCCCGGGAACGUUCGUUAUUGAAAACACAACCGUGGAAUUUCAGAAGGGCGCAGAAAGAGAAACGAUAAAAAUCCCAGGGCCCCUCGGAGCUGAUUUCAUUAUCAAGGCCAGGUAUGCUGCCCCCAAAGACAGCGUGGUUCAAUUCUUCUUCUACCAACCCAUCAGUCAUCAGUGGAGACAGACAGAGUUCUUCCCCUGCACUGUGACAUGUGGAGGAGGUUACCAGCUGAACUCUGCAGAGUGUGUGGAUAUCCGUUCAAAGCGCGUGGUGCCAGAUCAGUACUGCCACUACUAUCCUGAAAAUAAGAAACCAAAGCCUAAGCUGAAGGAAUGCAAUAUGGAUCCCUGCCCUUCAAGUGACGGAUUCAAGGAAAUCAUGCCUUACGACCACUUCCAGCCACUUCCUCGCUGGGAGCACAACCCCUGGACGGCAUGUUCAGUUUCCUGUGGAGGUGGAAUCCAGAGGAGGAGUUUCGUGUGUGUGGAGGAGACCAUGCAUGGAGAGAUAUUACAAGUAGAGGAGUGGAAAUGCAUGUAUGCUCCCAAACCCAGGGUCAUGCAAGCUUGCAACCUGUACGAUUGCCCUAAAUGGAUCGCUUUGGAAUGGUCACAGUGCACCGUGACGUGUGGGCGAGGGUUACGGUACCGAGUGGUGCUGUGCAUUGAUCACCGUGGACAGCACACAGGCGGCUGCAAUCCUCAGCUCAAGCUGCACAUAAAAGAAGAAUGUAUCGUGCCGGUCCCCUGUUACAAGCCCAAAGAGAAACACCCCGUUGAAGCAAGACUCCCCUGGUUCAAGCAAGCGCACGAAAUGGAGGAGACCAGAGCAGUCUCCGAAGAACCGACGUUUAUCCCCGAGCCAUGGUCCCCUUGCAGCGCUUCUUGCGGCCGUGGUGUUCAGACGCGUGAUGUGAAGUGCCGUAUUUAUCUCGCAUUUACUCAGACGGAGGUGGAGCUGCCGGACGAAGAGUGUGAAGACACCAAACCGGUGACUGAGCGGAGUUGCCACUUGGAGUCAUGCGAUGGUGACCCUGUCCCAUUUGUCCCGGAACCUCCACCUUCGGAAGAUGCUGCGGACGUUGUCUAUGGCUGGGAAUACAUUGGCUUCACUCCCUGCUCUGCUACAUGUACUGGAGGGACUCAGGAAGCCAUUGCAGUGUGCCUACAUGAGCAGACAAAGCAAACUGUCAAUGACAGCCUGUGCGACAGCUCAGCAAGACCCCCAGCAAUGAGCCGUGUUUGCAAUACGAGGCUUUGCCCCCCAAGGUGGCAGGUGCGUCCCUGGAGGCAGUGCUCUGCCACUUGUGGUGUUGGCAUCCAGACAAGAGAGGUGCGUUGCCAGCAACCUGGAGGAUCAGUUGUUGGGCCCGAAAACUGCAAAGACAAAAAGCCCCACUCUUUGCAAGCCUGCAACCAGAUUGACUGCCCCCCAGUUUGGCACGUUGAAGAAUGGCAACAGUGUUCCCACACGUGUGGAGGAGGAACCCAGAAUCGCAAAGUGACUUGCCAGCAGUUGUUGAUGGAUGGGAGCUUUCUGAAACUCGCUGACGAGAGGUGCCACGAAUCCAGAUUGUCCACUCAGAAACCCUGCGCAAAAACGGACUGCCCUCCACAGCUGAUUGUGGGAGAAUGGUCUAAGUGCUCUGUAAGCUGUGGUGUCGGGACGCAAAGGAGGAAGGCUACCUGCCAGAAACUCACAGCCAAAGGCCAGCAUGUUGCAUUAAACAGAUCUAUGUGUGCCGACCUCCCGGUGCCCCCACUGUCAAGGCCAUGUCACAUGAGUGCCUGUAACAAGAUGAAACCUAACCUUUUUGGGAAAUAUGCUUCCCUUGGACCACAGAUCCUCAGCAUCCACCGAGUCUACAUACAAACGAGGCAAGAGAAGCGCAUAAAUUUUACCAUCGGAAGCCGAGCUUACCUGCUUCCGAAAACAUCUGUUGUCAUUAAGUGCCCCGUCCGGAGGUUCCAAAAGUCGCUUAUCCAAUGGGAGAAAGACGGGCAGCACCUCCAGAUCUCUAAGCGACUUGGCGUCACUAAAUCGGGAUCGCUCAAGGUCAACAGUCUUGAGGCUUCGGAUAUCGGGGUGUACAAGUGUAUUGCAGGCUCAGCGCAGGAGACGUUUGUCCUUAAGCUCAUUGGCACAGACAACAAGCUGAUAGAACCGCCCUCUUUUGGUAAGCACACCAGUGAGAGCAGCAGCACAGAGCGCAACGAGGCCAACAGCUUUGGAGCGAAGUGGCACAAAAUGAGUCAGAUGUGGCAACUGUGGAGCCAGAAGAGCGAGCAGUAUCUGGGUGAUGGGCAGGUGAACGACCAGCCUUUUCUGCGACACCUGGAAACUCGAAUGAGAAAUUCAGCGGAAGAGCAUGGCUCUCGUGAAUUCAAAAAUAAGCGGCUGGAGGCAGUGGUUCUCCCUGGUGCCUACAGUAUGGAUACAGUACAUUUCGAGGAGCUGAUAAAGAAUUUGAGUCUCCUUGUCGAGGCUGGAGAGGUCAAUGACGAAUUGGCUUCCCAGCUCGUCUACCAGUUGAUUGCCGAGUUGUCCAAACCACCGCAUUCUGCUUCUGAUAUGCAGAAGGAGCCUCAAGGCAAAACGUCGCCUUCCAGGAAACCUGGCAAAUCUGCAGACGUGCCUGAUAAUCUCAGCACAAAGCCCCAAGGCAAUGCAUCGACGAUGAGCCAAAAAGCUCCAGUUAUUGUGAGGCACAAAGAAGGGCCCAAGUUUCUUUGGAACAGAACGGAAACCGUACAUAUUGGGAGUACGGUCUUUUUGACAAAGGACACCCGCGUUAUACAUUUGCUUUGUGAAACUGUUGGUGUUAGCAACCCUAAGUAUACAUGGACAAAAGAUGGAAUGGAGUUAAAGUCCUUUGAGAAAGUUGUUUUGGAAGACAGUGGGAAAAUCCAAAUUUUGAACCCCACCAGGAAAGAAAUGGGUGUGUAUCGCUGCAUGGUGGAGAAUGACUUUGGUUCUGACACAGAAUCUUCUGCUCUGUUUUAUUCAGAGGCUCCCACCAUACUGUUUUCUGUAACAAACAUCACAAAUUUUGAGCUCCGGAACUUUUCUGCAACUGUUGGAGGCACAAUUCUGGCAAGAACAGGAGUGAGCGUUGCACUGCAAUGUCCAGUAAAAGGUCUUCCCCAACCUGAGGUUACUUGGUUUAAGAACGAAGGCUUCCCAAGAACUCAAGUGUUCUCAGUUGCAAAUGGGUCCUUAAUCCUUAGGAAUGUUUCACAUGAAGAUGCUGGAAUGUACACUUGCACAGCCUCCAAUGCUCUUGGACAAGCCAUGGCCACAACUGUUCUCCGAUUGGCUGAACGAAGAUCUCAGAAGCCUAACAAUGGAUCAUACGGCAACAGUAGGAGAAAGCGUGUCCUCAUGGCAUCUGGGAUUGGUACCAACAUUAGCGUGGUACCUGGGGAGCUGUUGCGGAUAGGUUGUCCUGUGCAUCCCAGUAGAAAGAACACAAUUCGCUGGUUCUUCAAAAAUCAACCAAUUGAAGAAAUGAAAGGCUUUGAUCACAGGAGCCUGGUUGGGGGACGUAUCCUAGAGGUGAACGUUAUCUCUGAGCAGUUUGGUGGACAAUACAGAUGUUGGACAUCAUCGAGUUCCAAGCCAUUGUCUGUCUGGGUAAAUGUCAAGAAGGAAGAGUAUAGAUGGCAGCUUGGCGACUGGAAUACUUGCUCUGCUACUUGUGGGAACUCGGGAACCCAGUUCCGAAAGCUGCUGUGUGUGGGUGCGAAGGAGCAAGAAGUGAACCUGACAUUGUGUGACGAGAGUCAGAAGCCGACUGUGAAUUACCAGUCCUGCAACACCCACGAUUGUCCUGCCAGAUGGACGACGAGUGCCUGGUCCGAGUGCUCGGCUUCAUGUGGCAACGGGUUCCGCCACCGGCAGAGAAUCUGCAAGCAAGUCAGAGCCAAUGGUACUGCUGUAACGUUGCCUCUGUCUGCCUGCACACACAAAGAGCAUCCUUUGGAAAGGAAACCUUGUGUGGGGCAUUCGUGCACAGAAUGGCUUAUUCAUCCAUGGGAUCAGUGCACAGGCCAAUGCACAGGUCGCGGAGUAGGCUUGCAGCAUCGCCUUGUUCAGUGUCAGCAUUGGAACGGAUCCGUGGUAUCGAACUCACUGUGCGAUGAAAAGAGCAGGCCAUUGAUGAGAAGAAACUGCUCUACAGACAAAUGUGACGUGUAUUGGAGGGCAGGCCCUUGGCGACCGUGCACAGUAGAUUGUGGAAGCGGAUUCCAAUCACGGCAAGUCAGCUGCAUACACAGGAGAAAUAAGAGGCCCGUAGGAGAUCCAUCGUGCGCCUGGAGGAAGAGACCAGUGACCUGGAAACACUGCAAUGUCACUUCUUGUGACAAAGGCGAAUGCAAGGAUACAACUCACUACUGUACAUUUGUAAAGCAGCUAAAAUUAUGCAUGAUAGACAUCUACAAACAAAGGUGUUGUCAGUCAUGUGAAGAGCAAUACCCUUCUGUGGGAAGUUCGUGAUGUCGCAGUGAAGAUAUCGCGUGAAGAGAAUGUUGUUUCAAUCCAGCCUGCUCUGGACAAUAUAGACAAUCAACCAAGAACAUGUGAUGGGGAUGGGGAAAUGGAUGAAUAGAACAUACUAUGGAUAGUCCAAGCAGGCUUUUCCAUUUUCUCUCCUCGACUCCUACCCACCGGGCAAUAGCUCUGUUGCAACUUAAGCUUUAAUGGUGUUGGAAACAUCAGUUUUAAUGGGGUUGCAAGUGAUUCAUUGGCUUUCAAGUAAUUCUCCCUGCCUCAUAAAGACAAUUCCAGUUUAGCGAUUGUUGACAACUAUUCCUAAAAUACUGAAAUGCAGCAACAACUCAUAUCUGCGUGUUGCCUUUCUGGUUUGAUCCACAUCAGUACAAUUCUCAAAGUAUAUGGAUUCAGCCAUCUGUAGCUGUAAUAUUUCCCCCCAGAGGCUGCAUUUCCUUAGCAUUUGAGAAAAGGACAUUGUCGCAGGUCUUGUUUUAUUGAGAUUAGCUGUCGAAUGGAUCCCCAUUUUGCUUUCCUUCCUUCCUUUAAGCGCCUGCAGUAAAAGGCAAUGUACCUGACAUGAUGGUUUUCAGACCUGCUAUGGGAUUGUUUUCUAAUCGACGAGGCGUCAUUUGGGGCAGGGGGGCGGGUUCCCCAAACGUCUGCUUCAGCCUUGCAGGAAUGUGAUCAAAGCCAGGGCAUGAUUCAUUGAAUGUGAAAACUGGAUGCAAGAGGGUUUCUACAUGGGAGCUUGGAAUUUGCGUUCGGGGUCUGAGAAGUUUCCCCUUCUGCUUGGUCAGAUGAGAAAUGAGAGUGGUUCUCUGGGCCAAGGGUGCCUGUCAGGCUGGAUUGCCCUUGAAGAAACCUUCUAUAUACUUUUCCAGUCAUUAGAAAGAAAGAAAGAGGGGGGGGGGACCAAACAAAACAGAAAGAGCUGUUCUUCAUUGAGACAGACAUAUGUUAAGUAUCAGUUUCAAUUUGUUUCCAUUCAUCCUGACUAUCAUACAUUUAGUGAUUGCAUGCUAGUAAAUUCGCAAAACUACAACCUCAAGUAGCUCCUUUCUGCCGUGCAAAUUAUGUGUGCAAAGCCUGCCAAGAAGCCAGUUUUUGAUUCUCGAAAAAAUACAAACAAUAUGGAAAUAUAAAUAAAUGCAGCCACAUUCGAAAUAAUGUAUACCAUUCUGGCCGGCCCGUCUCAAAAAGGAAAAAUUGGAGCUGGGAAAAGUACCACGGGGUGGGGAAGCACAAAUGAUCAAGAGGUCAAAAUAUUUUUCUUAUGAAGGCUUAAAGGCCCUUAAUUUAGAAAAGGGUGGGGGACAACAGCUAAGGCUGCAAUCCUAACCCCACUUAACUGGGAGUAAGCCCCAUUCAACUCCAUAGGAAUGACUUCUGAGUAGACAGUAUAUUUAUUGAGCAGCACUGUAAGAGGGACAUGGCAGAAGAGAGCUAGGUAACUUGGUGGCAUCCUGAUGGUGCAUUGCAACUCCCAUCAUUGGACAUACUGGUUGCUGCUGAUGGGAACUGGAGUCCAGCAACUGGGGGGGGGCGGUACCACAUUGCCUUCCCACCCCCCAAAUGUUUAAAAAAUUAUGCGAAGUGGAUAAACAGAAGGUUCACAUGUCUUUCUCCCAUAAUAUUAAAAUUCAGUGUGUCCCACUGAAAUUGAUUGACAUUAUUUUAGGACAGGAAAGAAGCACUGCAUCACACAACGCAGAAUUCACCCAUGGAAUUUGCGGUCCGCUGGCUUAUGUGAGGUGAUAAGGCAAAUUCACGGCACAAAGUGAUUCGACAAAGUCAUGGAGGAGGAGAUGCAUAAUGGACCAGGAAAGGGGAUGAGGGGAGUGCUUCCCCAGGACUGACAUCACCUGCCAGUACAGCUGAUGGAGCUUCCUUGCUCUGGCAAAUGAAUAAUGUGGCUUUCAGGAUUGUGAUAGAUUGUGAUAGAUAGAGGGGGGUGAAAAUCAAAGGCUAGGUACUUCUUUCCUUUCCUUUGACAAGGUUCCUUCUUCACCCUAGCAGUUUAAAUGGUGAAACUUUUUUUGCUUUUUUUUUGUAUUUCUGAUGGUAAGUUAAAGGUUGCCUUUUGACUGACUAUAGAUCUCUUGGUAAGCGCCAGCGUCUUUUGCAAUUGAAACCUGUGCACCCAAUAUUAAGUGUCGCUGAAUUCAGUGUAGCUUGCUUCUUUGCAGUCCUGCCACCAGGCUGAUCGGGGAUGUAAACCUAGGUCUCCCCCAUCAAAUUACAACACGCUAACCUCUACCCCCCCCCCACCCUUUGCUUGCUCACUGUUCUAUGAUUGUCAGCUGACCCAAAUCAAUUUGGUAUUAUACUGCUCUUUGGGAGUUGCAUAUAAUGAAGGCCGCUGCCUGCAUUUUGAGACUCUCCUUUGAGAGGUUAGGUAAGGAGGCUGUUGUGAUGAGCUCCCUGUGGCGAUCACACAGGGUCCCCGGACGUUUGACGGUCUAUUGAUCCCUGUGCCACCACUGUGACUGCUUCCUCGCUGCCACCAACCC